AUGAACAGAAAGCGGAAUGUGAUGCGAAAGGAACCCCUCAAAGAUACUAGAAGUCGGGGGCUCCGUGGCUCAGUUGGUCCUGAGUACUGGGGCCUCCUAAACUCAGACUGGCGAUUGUGUAACCGCGGACGAUACCAGUCCCCCAUCAACAUCGACCCCCACAACUUGGUCUUCGAUCCUUUACUCACCCAGAUUUUUAUCGAUAACAAGGAGGUCUGGGUGUGUAUAGUGAACACAGGUCAUGACGUCACGUUCCGGUUGGAGAAUGGCGAGUCCAUUACGAUGUUGGGGGGACCAUUCGCUUACACAUACAGAAUUUACCAGAUUAAGGUCCAUUUUGGUAGCAAUUAUGCUAAAGGUUCCGAGCAUUCCAUAGCGGAGAAAUAUUUUCCAGUUGAGUUCCAAUUUCUUGGAUAUAAUGAGAAUUUAUACGUGAACGCAUCUGUGGCUGCCAGUGCUCCCCAUGGCCUUGCUGGAUUGACGGUAUUUGCCCAGAUCGAUAACAGCUCAAGUCCAGAAAUGGAAAAUGUAUUCGACCAAAUUCGGCUGAUACCAUAUAAAGGAAACACCACAAUGACCUCCAUUGACCUUAAAGCGCUUCUACCAAAGACUCCAUUUUCAUGACCUAUGAUGGCUCCCUCACAUUCCCGCCUUGCCACGAGGUAGUCACGUGGUUAUUAUGGAACCGACCAAUCAG